AUGAUCCAUAAAUUAACCAACACAAGCGGACUUCCGUCAACCAAGAUGUCUGCCUUCAACACUGCCGACAUGCAGUCGGCUCUUCCUUCUGAUGACCCAGACAAGAAGGCUCCUGCUGCUGCCAUCAACAGCGAUGGUACAAAGUGGACUGAGCCUGUACCUUACAACUACGACGAGUUUGCCCAGCAGGGUCCCGAUGUCUCGACCGAGUGGGCGGGCAACGGUGCCGUCUAUGAAUGGGAUGAGGAAUAUGGCGAUGUCGGUCCGAAGUUCGCUGAGCUCGAGAAGGCCCUUUUCGGUGAUCCCGCCACCCGCCAUGACUCUAAUUCUGGCCUCGACUUCUCUGUGAUCUCUUCAGUCGAGGUCACCCAGGAGGGUGACACUCGUGUUGAGCCUGUUCACUCCUACAAGGACGCCGGCUUGCACCCUGUCAUGUUGGAGAAUAUUGCGCUUUGCGGCUACGAGGCCCCUACCCCUAUCCAGAAGUUCACUCUUCCAGCCAUUCACAAGGGCUCUGGCAAGACCGCUGCCUACCUCAUUCCUAUCUUGAACAAGCUCAUGGGCAAGGCCAAGAAGCUCGCUGCCCCUCGCCCCAACCCUUCUGAGGUUGAACUUGGACAGGCCUGGGUUCGUGCCGAACCUCUGGUGGUAGUCGUCUGUCCCACUCGCGAGCUCGCCAUCCAGAUCUUCAACGAGUCUCGCAAGUUCUGCUACCGCACUAUGCUUCGCCCGUGUGUCGCUUACGGCGGUGGUCCCAUGAGGGAUCAGAUUCAACAGCUCGGAAAGGGCUGUGAUGUUCUCAUCGCCUCCCCUGGUCGCCUUGUCGACUUCAUUCAGCGGCCCGAUGUUCUCUCGCUUAAACGCCUUAGAUACAUGGUGUUCGAUGAGGCCGAUGAGAUGCUUCAAGAUGAUUGGCGCGAGGAGAUGGACAUCAUCAUGACUGGCGGUGAACAGCAGGAGGGAAACAUCAAGUACAUGCUGUUCUCAGCCACCUUCCCCAAGCCUCUCCGCGAUCUUGCAAAGGAAAACUUAUCUUCUUCGAGCGUCCGUAUCAAUAUCGGCCGCAUUGGCAGCACCCACACCAACAUCCUCCAGCGGGUCUUCAAGGUUGAAGCUUACGAGAAGAAUGCGGCUCUCAAGGAUCAUAUCAACUCUCUUCCUGCCUGCCGUACCAUCAUCUUCGUCAACAACAAGCGCACUGCCGAUACCUUGGAUGACUUCCUGUUCAACCUCGGCUUUCCGUGCACCUCAAUGCAUUCGGACCGUACUCAGCUUGAGCGUGAGGCUUCCAUGCGCGCUUUUCGUGCUGGAAAGUCCCCCAUCCUUAUUGCCACUGGUAUCAGCGCUCGUGGUAUUGACGUGAAGAAUGUCAACCAUGUCAUCAACUUCGAUCUUCCUAGCUUGGAUCACGGUGGGAUUGAGGAGUACACCCACAGAAUCGGCCGCACCGGUCGUAUGGGCCAGCGAGGCAUUGCUACCUCCUUCUACACCGACCGCGACGAGCCCAUUGCUAGCGUUCUCGUUCGCACCCUCCUGGAGACCGGGCAGGAGAUCCCUGACUUCCUCGAGCCUUUCAAGCCCACUGGUAAGGGCCUGGAGAACCUCAGAUUCGAGACCGAGAGCGACUUCGACCCCGAGGAGGCCGGCAUUGCUCACCUGGGCGUCUCUGGCGGUGACGGCGGUUGGUCCAACGAGGACAACGGCGGCGGCGAUGUCGCUGGAGGCGAUGGUGCCUGGGGCGCGACUGGAGGUGACGCUGGCUGGGGUGGCGGCAGUGGUGGCGAUUCUGCCGGCAAUGACACCCAGGAGAAGGAGUCCGCGGCCGCUCCUGCCUGGGGCGCUCCUUCUGGCGGUGGUGGUUCUUGGUAA